AUGGCCACAGACGUGGCAUGCGAGAUGAUCACGCAUUCAUCACCACAUGAUGAUGAUCGUGACAAGUGUUUAAAAGCGCAAGGUGAAGAACCCGUGAACCGGAAGAGAAAGACGAGUCCGAGGAGCGGAAACGGGCUUGAAAUUGAAAGGGUCGAGCUAUUUCUGGGAAGUCUGGUGAAGAAAGUGAUGGAGCAGCAAGAGCAGAUGCAUAAGCAGUUAAUGGAGAUGGUAGAAAAGAAGGAAGAGAGAUUAGCAAGAGAAGAAGCCUGGAAGCAGCAGGAGUUAGACAGACUGAAAAGGGAUAAGGAGAUAAGAGCCCAAGAGACAUCUCGCAACCUUGCGCUCAUUUCCUUUAUCCAGAAUUAUUUGGGCUAUGAAAUUCAAGUCCCCCAACCAUCAGCAGCAACAGCACCCGAACAAGCACCAGCACCAACAGCAGCACCAAUACUAAUAUCGGUGGUACCUAAAUAUGAUCACCAACGCGUGGAAGGAAAUGGGAAGGCAGACAAUGGCAUGCAGAGAGACCUGAUGUUGGUGAGCUCUUGUGAUGCAACGGAUAGAAGAUGGCCAGAAGCUGAAGUACAGGCCCUCAUAACGCAGCGUGCUGCUUUCGAACACAAGUUUUGCGUUGCAGGUACUCCAAGGGGACGCAUAUGGGAGGAGAUAUCUGUUAAGAUGCAUGAAACGGGCUACGUCCGGUCAGGAAGGAAGUGCAGGGAGAAAUGGGAAAACAUCAACAAGUAUUUCAGAAGGUGCAUGGGAUCAGACAAUAAGCGCCCUGCAAAUGCCAAGCUUUGUCCAUAUUUUCAUGAAUUGGAGUUGCUCCAUAAAAGCGCACUUGCAAGUUUCGGGAAUGGCUUUAACCGCACAAGCAACCAGAACGAGGCCAAUAUUGAAAAACAGUAG